AUGAGUGACCAAGACAGAAUUUCUCCUUACAAUAUCAAUACAAUAUCAACCAGGUAAGUUAUGAGAAUAGAUAAAUAUAUCAAUUUGGAGUUAAUUGGUUGAUGCACUACUAAAUUCUCUGAACUAGCUUUAUAAGAAUUUUAUGAUUAACAGUAAGGAGAAUUAAAAAUUUGAUCUGGGAGGUAAAGGGUUAAAGAAUGUGUUUUGAGAAUAGUGAGGAUUUGUCUUCUCAAAUGGAAGAACAGGCAAAAUUAUACAGUUGGAAUACUGUAUCUCCAUGUUCCAUUGAUGAGAUUUAACACAUAAUUGUAGAAAAGGGCUAACCUCUACUAGGCAAAAAGCUGUUUAUUAAUACAAAUUUUUUUUGGUAUCACCAACACAAUGUAAGUGCGCAAAGCUGUGUCAAAGGACUUGUUCUUGAUGCACUUUUCUUUGUAGGGGCCAACUUAAAUAAGGGUUUUGCCCUUUUGGCCACUGGCCAGCAAUUAUACGUCUGUGACUACCUUUGUUCAUGGCAAUUGAUAUAAUAAAAGUUUCUGUCCCAUAAAAGUAUUGAAGUAAAUUUAGAACAACAUGCUGCCCAACUUUUCUGCCUAUUCAAACUUUAUCCACUCUGAAAUUUGCCCCUUUGGUUGAAUAAAUGUUUUUCUUUUCCUUUAGCAUUGUAGGUACCUUUUGCUGUCAAGGAGUGUUUUCCAGUUGAUGCUUACAUUGCAGAUACAAAAAAAUUGGUCCAUUACUGACAAGGUACACAGAAAGUGGAAAGACAUGUACAACGAAUCUACAAAACCUGAAGGUAACUGGUGUGUGGAAAAGGCAUCUGAAUGCAAAACAUUUGACAAGUGUUUUACACAAAAGGAACAUCCACAAGUACAUGAAAGAUGCCACACUGGAGAGAGGCCAUACCACUGCAAAACUUGUGACAAAUGGUUGAUUCAAAAAAGAGAUCUACAAGUCCAUGAGAAAAACCACACUGUAGUGAAGCCAUACCAGUGCAAAUCUUGUGACAAGAGGUUUACUCAGAAAGGAAAUCUAGAAGCACAUGAGAGAUUCCACACUGGAGAAAAGCCAUACCAGUGCAAAACAUGUGACAAGUGGUUUGCACUAAAAGGAAAUCUACGAGUACACGAAAGAACCCACUCUGGAGAGAAGCCAUACCAGUGCAACUUUUGUGACAAGCGGUUUGCUCAUAAAGGAAAUCUAACAGUACAUGAAAGAACCCACACAGGAGAGAAGCCAUACCAGUGCAAAACAUGUGAUAAGUCGUUUAAUCUAAGAAGAGAUUUACGAGUCCAUGAGAGAUUCCACACUGGAGAGAAGCCACACCAGUGUAAAAAUUGUGACAAGUGUUUUACUCGAAAAGAAAUUCUAAAAUUACAUGAAAGAUCACACACUGGAGUGAAGCCAUACAAGUGUAAAACGUGUGACAGGCGUUUUGCUCGAAACGGAAAUCUUCAAGUCCAUGUAAGAACCCAUACUGGAGAGAAGCCAUACCAGUGCAAAACUUGUGACAAGUGGUUUGCUCAAAAGAGAAACCUACAGGUGCAUGAAAGAUCCCACACGGGAGAGAAGCCAUACCAGUGCAAAACUUGUGACAAGUGGUUUUCACGAAAAGGAAAUCUAACAGUACAUGAAAGAUCCCACACCGGAGAGAAGCCAUUCCAGUGCAAAACAUGUGACAAGUGGUUUGCUCAAAAAAGAGACGUACAGGUGCAUGAAAGAUCCCACACUGGAGAGAAGCCAUACCAGUGCAAAACUUGUGACAAGAGGUUUGCUCAAAAAGGAAAUCUAACAGUACAUGAAAGAUCCCACACUGGAGAGAAGCCAUUCCAGUGCAAAACAUGUGACAUGUGGUUUAGUCAUAAAACAACUCUGAGAGUACAUGAAAGAUCCCACACUGGAGAGAAGCCAUACCAGUGCAAAGCUUGUGACAAGUGGUUCACUCGAAAAGGAAACCUAACAGUACAUGAAAGAUGCCACACUGGAGAGAAGCCAUACCAGUGCAAAACAUGUGACAAGUGGUUUACGCAAAAGGCAAGUCUACUGAUACACAAAAGAACCCACGUAGGAGAUAAGCCAAAUCAGUGUAAAUCUCGUGACAAGUUGUGUACCAAUAAUACUGAUACACAAACCCAUGAAAGAUCGCACACAGGAGAGAAGCCAUACCAGUGCAAAACGUGUGAGAGCUGUUUUACUCGAAAGGGAAGUCUACGAAAACAUGAAAGACUGCACUCUGAAUAG